AUGCGUCCUGAGGUCGAGCAGGACCUCGCUCACACCCUCCUGGUGGAGCUGCUGGCAUACCAGUUCGCAUCCCCUGUGAGAUGGAUCGAGACUCAAGAUGUAAUCCUCGGCGAGAAGACGACGGAGCGGAUAGUCGAGAUUGGUCCUGCCGAUACUCUGGGUGGCAUGGCCAAGCGCACACUCGCGGCGAAAUAUGAGGCAUACGAUGCGGCUCGAUCAGUACAACGGCAGAUUCUGUGCUACAACAAGGACGCAAAGGACAUCUACUACGAUGUUGAACCCAUUGAGGACGAGCCUGCUCCGGCACCGAGCAGUGGAGACAGCGCUCCCGCACAGGCAGCUCCGGCAGCCUCAGCGCCCGCUGCUGCACCUGCCGCUGCCGCGCCAGCACCUUCGGGCGGGUCAGGCCCUGCUGCCGCUGUGGACGACGCACCGGUUGGCGCAGUUGACGUCCUUCGCGCUCUGGUUGCGCAGAAGCUCAAGAAACCGCUCAAUGACAUCCCCUUGAGCAAAGCUAUCAAGGACUUGGUUGGAGGUAUGCACAUAGGUCCCAUUUGAGAGUAAUCCCAAGCUUACUGUCUGUCUUUCACAGGCAAAUCUACCCUUCAAAACGAGAUUCUCGGUGACCUCGGAAAAGAAUUCGGUUCGACUCCAGAAAAGCCGGAAGACACACCUCUGGAUGAGCUUGGAGCCUCGAUGCAAGCGACUUUCAAUGGCCAGCUUGGCAAGCAGUCUUCAUCACUCAUCGCCCGCAUGGUCUCCUCGAAGAUGCCCGGUGGCUUCAACAUCACAGCUGUGCGAAAGCACUUGGAAACAAAGUGGGGCCUGCAAUCAGGUCGUCAGGACGGUGUCUUGCUCCUCGGCCUGACAAUGGAGCCUGCUUCUCGGCUUGGAUCUGAAAACGACGCCAAAUCCUGGCUCGACGACACUGCGCAGAAAUAUGCUUCGCAAGCUGGCAUCAAUCUGUCGACGGGACCAGCAGCUGGAGAUGCUGGUGCUGGUGGUGGCGGCAUGAUGAUGGACCCAGCUGCCAUUGAUGCCCUCACCAAGGAUCAGCGCGCGCUUUUCAAACAGCAAUUAGAGCUCUUCGCAAGGUAUCUGAAGAUGGAUCUCCGUGCUGGCGACAAGGCCGCUAUUGCUACCAAGCAGAACGAAGCAGCUCUCCAGGCGCAGCUCGAUCUAUGGAACACAGAACAUGGCGAAUUCUAUGCUGCGGGAAUUGAGCCAUCAUUCAACCCUCUCAAAGCACGUGUCUACGAUUCAUCUUGGAACUGGGCCCGCCAGGACGCUCUUCGCAUGUACUAUGACAUUAUCUUUGGCAGACUCCAGGCUGUCGAUCGUGAGAUCGUCUCUCGCUGCAUCCUCAUCAUGAACCGAUCGAACCCGAACCUGCUCGAAUUCAUGCAGUACCACAUCGACCACUGCCCCACAGAAAGAGGAGAGACAUACGAGUUGGCGAAGCAGCUUGGACAGCAGCUCAUCGAGAACUGCCGCGAUGUUCUGGGCGAGGCGCCUGUGUACAAGGAUGUCGCCCUUCCCACAGCGCCGCACCUCGUGAUCUCUCCUCGUGGUGAAAUGAACUACGAGGAGAUUCCCCGCGCCAGCGUUCGCAAGCUGGAGCACUACGUCCGUGAGAUGGCCGACGGCGGCAAGAUUUCUGAAUACGGCAACAGGACCAAGGUGCAGAAUGACCUGCAAAGGGUGUAUAAGCUCAUCCGACAGCAACAUAAGCUUUCCAAGUCCUCGCAGUUGGAGAUCAAGCAGUUGUACAGCAAUAUCGUUCGAUCUCUAUCGAUGAACGAAGGCCAGAUUAUGCCGCACGAGAACGGCAAGCUCAACGGCAGCGUCAAGAAGGGCCGCAAUGGUCGCAUGAACGGUGCUCUGGGCAAGCAGGGCAAGAUCGAGACCGUGCCUUUCUUGCACCUGAAGCGCAAGGAAGAGCAUGGAUGGGAGUACAGCAAGAAGCUCACGAGCAUUUACCUUGACGGCCUCGAGCAAGCUGCCCAGUCUGGUGUCACUUUCCAGAACAAGAACGUCCUCAUGACUGGUGCUGGAGCUGGCUCGAUCGGCGCUGAGGUUCUGCAAGGCCUCAUCAGCGGAGGUGCCAAGGUCGUUGUCACUACCUCUCGCUACUCACGCGAAGUGACCGAGUACUACCAGGCGAUGUACGCUCGCUACGGUGCACGCGGCUCGCAGCUUGUUGUCGUGCCGUUCAAUCAAGGUAGCUUGCAAGACGUCAAUGCUCUUGUGGACUACAUCUACGACGACAAGAAGGGCCUUGGAUGGGAUCUGGACUUCAUUGUUCCGUUUGCUGCCAUCCCCGAGAACGGCCGCGAAAUCGACAGCAUCGACAGCAAGUCCGAGCUUGCCCACCGUAUCAUGCUUACUAACCUGCUUCGCAUGUUGGGUGCGGUCAAGGCACAGAAGGCCGCGCACAGCUUCGAAACCCGUCCAGCACAGGUCAUCUUGCCCCUGUCGCCUAACCACGGUACCUUCGGAAACGACGGUCUAUACUCUGAAUCCAAGUUGGCCCUGGAAACUCUGUUCAACCGAUGGCACUCUGAGAGCUGGGGCAACUACCUCACCAUCUGUGGAGCUGUUAUCGGCUGGACUCGUGGUACCGGUCUGAUGGGUGGCAACAACGUCGUUGCCGAAGGUGUCGAGAAGUACGGAGUCCGCACCUUUUCGCAACAGGAGAUGGCUUUCAACUUGCUCGGUCUCAUGGCGCCAUCGAUUGUCAACCUCUGCCAGCUGGAGCCUGUCUUCGCCGAUCUGAACGGUGGCCUGCAGUUCCUGCCCAACCUCAAGGACCUAAUGACUAAGCUUCGCAAGGAUAUCACCGAGACAUCUGAGAUCCGCAAAGCGGUCACGCGUGAGACUGCUGUUGAGAACAAGAUCAUCAACGGUGAAGACACCGAGGCGUUUUACAAGACGGUCAAGGUUGACAAGCGUGCAAACUUGAAGUUCGACUUCCCCAAGUUGCCUGAUUGGAAGAGUGAGAUCGAGCCUCUCAAUGGCGACCUCAAGGGCAUGGUCGAUCUCGAAAAGGUCGUUGUCGUCACUGGUUUCUCUGAGGUCGGUCCCUGGGGUAACUCCAGGACUCGUUGGGAGAUGGAGGCCUAUGGGCAAUUUUCUCUGGAAGGCUGCGUCGAAAUGGCGUGGAUCAUGGGUCUCAUCAAGAAUCAUAACGGGCCGCUGAAGGGCAAGAGCUACUCAGGCUGGGUCGAUGCUAAGUCCGGCGAGCCUGUCGAUGACAAGGAUGUCAAGGCCAAGUACGAAAAGCACAUUCUAGACCACUCGGGAAUCCGUCUUAUUGAGCCGGAGCUGUUCAAUGGUUACGACCCCAACAAGAAGCAGCUGAUGCAAGAGAUCCAGAUCGAAGAAGAUCUUGAUCCAUUUGAGUCGUCCAAGGAGACCGCAGAGGAGUUCAAGCGCGAGCAUGGAGACAAGGUCGAAAUCUUCGAGCUUGAGUCGGGUGAAUACCAGGUGCGCAUGAAGAAGAACGCGACGUUGCUCAUUCCGAAGGCGCUUCGUUUCGACCGCCUUGUUGCUGGCCAGAUUCCAACUGGUUGGAAUGCCAAACGCUAUGGUGUGCCGGACGACAUCAUCGAGCAAGUCGACCCGGUCACUCUCUACGUCCUUGUAUCGACGGCGGAGUGCCUGCUGUGCUCCGGUAUCACCGAUCCAUACGAGUUCUACAAGUAUGUCCACAUCUCGGAAGUUGGUAACUGUAUCGGUUCUGGUAUUGGUGGUACUACCGCCUUGCGUGGGAUGUACAAGGACCGCUUCCUUGACAAGCCCCUCCAGAAGGACAUUCUGCAGGAGUCCUUCAUCAACACUAUGAGUGCCUGGAUCAACAUGUUGCUCAUGUCCUCCACUGGUCCGAUCAGAACACCUGUCGGUGCCUGCGCUACCGCUGUCGAGUCGAUCGACAUUGGUUAUGACUGCAUUGUUGAAGGCAAAGCCCGUAUGUGCUUUGUUGGUGGUUUCGAUGAUUUCCAGGAGGAAGGCUCCUACGAAUUCGCAAACAUGAAGGCCACCAGCAAUGCUGAGGACGAGUUCGCCCACGGACGCACACCGAAGGAGAUGUCUCGUCCGACCACCACCACUCGCAACGGUUUCAUGGAAUCUCAGGGUUGCGGUAUGCAAGUCAUUAUGGACGCUCAGCUUGCUCUUGAUAUGGGCGUGCCAAUCUACGGUAUUCUUGGCUUCACGGCCACGGCUACUGACAAGAUUGGUCGCUCUGUACCAGCUCCAGGCCAAGGUGUCCUGACGACCGCUCGUGAGCAGCCCUCCAAAUUCCCAUCGCCGCUCCUGGAUAUCAAGUACAGGAAGAGACAAUUGGAUCUCCGUCGCAAGCAGAUCAAGAACUGGCAGGAGUCCGAACUUAUGUACCUGCAUGAAGAGGCUGCUGCCAUCAAGCAACAAGGCGGUGACUUCAACGAGACCGAGUAUAUGGAAGACCGCGCUGCUCACGUCGAGCGCGAGGCUAAGCGACAAGAAAAGGAUGCUCUCCGACAGCUGGGCAACAACUUCUGGAAGCAGGAUCCUCGCAUCGCUCCUCUGCGUGGUGCACUCGCCACCUGGGGUCUCACUGUCGACGAUCUCGGCGUUGCUUCUUUCCACGGUACAUCCACCGUCGCCAACGACAAGAACGAGUCCGACGUCAUAUGUCAGCAAAUGAAGCAUCUCGGCCGCAAAAAGGGCAAUGCUCUUCUUGGUAUCUUCCAGAAGUACUUGACUGGUCACCCCAAGGGUGCUGCAGGUGCCUGGAUGUUCAACGGCUGUCUGCAGGUCCUCAACUCCGGCCUUGUACCAGGCAACCGCAAUGCCGACAACGUCGACCAAGUUAUGGAGAAGUUUGAUUACAUCGUCUACCCGAGCCAGAGUAUUCAGACCGACGGCAUCAAGGCGUUCUCAGUGACCUCUUUCGGUUUCGGACAGAAGGGCGCACAGGCAAUUGGUAUCCAUCCCAAGUAUCUGUUUGCCGCGCUUGACCACACGCAAUUCCAGACAUACAAGCAGAAGGUCGAGGCUCGCCAGAAGAAGGCUUACAGGUACUAUCACGACGGUCUCAUCAACAACACAAUGUUCCGCGCCAAGAGCAAGUCGCCUUAUGAGGAUGCCCAGCAGAGUCAAGUGUUCCUCAACCCUGAGGCUCGUGCUGUCGCCGACAAGAAGAGCUCCGAGUACUCGUACCCGAAGACUGUGCCCGAGAAGAUGAAGGACAAGAGCACGACCGAGAUGGUGGAGACGUUGAUGAAGGUCAACGCAUCGGCCAACUCCAACCCUGGUGUGGACAUUGAGACUCUCGAUGCCAUUGACAUCCACAACGACACUUUUGUUGAGCGCAACUUCACACCCGCCGAGAUUGCGUACUGCAGAAAGGCACCUUCUCCUCAAGCCAGCUUCACUGGCAAGUGGAGUGCGAAGGAAGCCGUGUUCAAGAGCUUGAAGGUCCAGAGCCGAGGAGGUGGAGCAGCGAUGAAGGACAUUGAGAUUGUCAAUGAUGAGGCGGGCGCACCGACAGUGGUGGUAAGUUCUUGACAAUGUCUUUGUUUGGUCUGAAUGCAUACUAACGAGUCUUCUAGCUCUACGGCGAUGCCAAAGCAGCAGCAGAGAAGUCGGGUGUCAAGUCGACGACUGUGAGCAUCAGCCACAGCGAUGCCCAAGUUAUCGCAGUGGCCAUCUCUGCUUUCUAA